AUGAACCCGCUGAACAUGCCGCCCGUGGCGGGCGUGACGACGAAGCUCGGGGGCCAGACGACGGAGGCCUGCCUGCACCUCGACGAACGGCCCGGCACGCCGCCGGGCGUGCGCAAGUGGCGCAAGUCGAACUACACGCAGCCCGGCCAGCGCAUCAUCCACCCGGGCCUCAUCGAGGACUUCAAGGACGCGAACCACACGGCGGAGCGCUUCGGCAAGAUCAAGAUCGUUUCCGACCACGUCGAGGACGUCCUCGUCCAGCCCGGCGCGGAAUCCGAGUUCGCGCAGGUGAAAUUGACGCAGAAAGAGAGCACGUACCACUCGAUCAAGCGCGAGCCCCUGGGCCAGUCCUUCACUAGGGGCCACGUGCUCCCGAGCUGCGUCGCCGAGCCGGGCUUCCAGUUCGGCAAGAAGUCCGUCCGCGAGGGCGGCGACGGGUCCAAGGUCUUGAUCUACAACCCGUCCGCGGCCGUCACGGCCGCGGAGAAGCAGCAGUACAUCAAGUCCCACGGGUCCUUCGAGCCGGGCGAGCAGCGCACGCGGGGCUACGACUGGGGCGGCCGCGACAUGAACGCGCACCGCUUCGGGGUGGGCGACGGCUCGCACGUCGCGCUGAACGGCUUGGCGCUCGGCGCGUCCGCGGCGCUGCGCCAGGGCAUGGACACGGAGCCCAUCACGUCGACGCGCGUCCAGAACUUCAACUCGCUGCAGGACAAGCUCGGCAAGACGCGCAACCUCGGCCACGGCAACCACCGGCCGCGCGACCACUUGUACGGCAAGGCCUCGGUCCGCGGCUUCGGCGAGUGGGACGCGCGGUGCUGCAUCACGGGCGACUACGCCGAGGAGGACCGCGAGCCCGACAGCGACCUGGGCAAGACGCACACGCCGGGCUUCCGCAACAUCCUCACGGACGCGCAGAAGGAGCGGACCUUCGGCACGCCGACGGUCCGCAGCGACAUCCCGAAGUACGCGAAGCGGUCCAUCGCGGACCACCAGAACUACGGCGACGACGCCAACGCCCAGGAGCUCCUCUACCCGUCCCAGCUCUGCGCCAUGGGCAUCGACGAGAACGAGUUCUUCGCCAAGCGGCCCAAGGCCGACAUCUGGGACCUCUUCACGGCCAUCGGCUGGAACCUCGACGACGACAAGUUCCACAAGCUGUACGACGACGUCUGCGACGACGACGGCAUGACCAACAUCGAGACCUUCCGGAAGAUCCUCGCCGACAAGGCCCUCUGA